CCUGGCUUCCGCGUUACUCGAUCAGGGAGGAUGCCGUGGGAGACCUGAUAUCCGGGAUCAGCGUGGGGAUCAUGCAUCUGCCCCAAGGAAUGGCCAAUGCCAUGCUGGCGGCAGUCCCACCUGUGUUCGGCCUUUAUUCAUCUUUCUACCCGAUACUCGUCUAUUUCAUCUUUGGCACAUCCAAACACAUCUCAGUGGGUACGUUCUCCAUCCUCGCCAUCAUGGUCGGCACUGUGACGGAGGACGUGGUCCCGCCGAGCGAUGAGGCGGACACAUAUGAUGUGAACGAUACGGAUAUGAUCAGAGUGACUGUGGCGACCCAGCUGACUUUCUUAUGUGGUCUUUUACAGAUUUUGCUGUUUGUGUGUAGGGGUGGAGGUGUGUGUCGCUGGCUUUCCCGGCCCUUGGUGAGAGGCUACACCACUGCAGCAGCUCUCCACGUUACUGUCCAUCAGCUGCCUUUACUGACAGGCGUGUCCACAGACAGACACAGAGGCUUCCUGGCAGUGGUCUGGAUGUUUGCAGACGCUGUGUCUGGAGUGGUGAAAGCAUUGCCUGGAACCCUGGUUGUCUCCUCUGUUUCCAUGGUGACGCUGGUGGCGGGAAAGGUGCUGAACUCUCACUUUAAGAGCGUUUUACCUAUGCCUAUUCCAUGGGAGUUAGUGCUUGUUAUUGCGGCAACAGUAGCGUCAGUCCAGUUGGACUUGUCUAAUCGGUAUGGUGUUCAGACAGUGGGCACCAUACCCUCUGGUCUGUCUCCUCCUUCUUUUCCGUCCCUCUCUCUCUUUCGGAGUCUCCUCCUGCCCGCUCUUGCCCUCGCUGUGGUGGGCUUUGGCUUCAACGCUUCCCUGGGAACCAUGUUUGCCACUAAACAUGGCUACAGUUUCCAUAGCAACCAGGAGCUUUUGGCUAUGGGUCUCUGUAACUCGGUUGGAGCGGUUUUCCAGUGCUUUGCCGUUAGUUGCUCCAUGUCACGCAGUAUGGUACAAGAGAGCACAGGUGGGAAAACUCAGGUAUCGGCUCUUGUGUCUGCUCUGUUGAUUCUGGUCAUUCUGCUGAAGUUUGGAGUUCUCUUUGAGCAGCUUCCUAAGGCUGUUUUGGCAGUCAUCAUCCUGGUCAAUCUACAGGGGAUUUUUGCUCAGGUCAAAGAGAUUCCCCAAAUCUGGGCCACUGAUAUUUUAGAUCUGGCAGUGUGGGCAGUGACACUAGUCUCGGCCCUGGUCUUUAAUCUGGAUUUUGGGCUGGGUGUUGCUGUGGCCUUCUCUCUCCUCACAGUCAUCUUCAGAAUCCAGCGGCCCAGAUGUGCUGUGCUAGGACUCAUUCCAGAGACAGAUUGUUACAGAGACCUGAAUUUGUAUUCUAAGGCGAGGCAGAUUCCUGGAGUGACCAUGUUCUCUUUCUCCGGCCCUCUCUAUUUUGCAAACAGUGACCUGUGUUUUAACUCACUCAGAGAGGCGGUUCAGAGGCAGAAAGAGGAGAACACAGCACUGAAACAUUUUGUAAUUCUGGAACUUAGUGGAGUUACCUUCAUGGACUCUACGUCUAUCAAUGCACUGAAAACGGUGACAGAGGACUUUGAGGCCCAGGAGAUGGUUGUGUUCCUGGCAGCAAGCUCAGAUGAGCUGCUGGCACAGUUUCAGUCUCAGAAUUUGGUGCCAGACUGUGUCACUAGGUGCAGCCUGUUCCCCUCAGUGCAUCAUGCCGUCCUCCACUGCCAGAGAACACAGAGCCAGACUGAAACGGACCCGCAGGUCAGCGAGAUGUGACCCUUUGCGAACUCUUGCUUUACCCCUCAGGCCCCUGAGUGGAAGCGGAGGAGUUGAGCACCCAACAGCUUUAGUAUAGUGUC